AAUCAGCCAUGAAUUCCCUUCUUUUUCAACCUUGAUGUGUGUGGGUUUGCUCUAAUUCUCCUUUCUUCAAUUGCUAGAAGUCUGCGUGAAGCCCCCUGCAAUUUUUCCCGCCGGCACCUCCUCAUCCCGCCAGCUCCAGCUUGCUUGUUGAGCAUUUUUGGUCCUUGAUUGCCCUGUGGUCUUAGCACUUGGAUUAGGCCUCCUGUUCUGCGUGACUAAGGUAAGUAAAUUAUGGUAAAGCUCGUAAAUUUUUGAAGCAUAUUUUAAUUGUUUUCUGAGAUGGUGGCGAGGUUUAAAUUGAUUUAUUCGCAUUUGAGCAUGAUUGAAAAGGGAAAUUAAACUUUUAUCAUUUUCCUUAUUUUCUAGAAUUAAGCAUGCCCACAUGAGAUCCUUUUGAUUUAUUCUUGAAAGACAUGGAACCCCUGUGGGUAUCUGUUCCGGUAGGUAAUGGAGGCAAUGGAGGCAAUGCAACGCGCGAAAAGUUCCUGCAGGACAGUUGUCAUUUGUAUGUUUAAGGGUUAAAGCCAACUGUCAUCCCUCUACUUUUAACUUUUAUUCAUGUCCAUCCCUCUACUAAGGAUUUGUUUAUUGUCAUCCCUACUUCACCAAAAGCAUUAAAUGCCGUCCCUAUUC